UUAGUUUGUUUUUGUCCGCCCAGAUGUGAAGAACAAAUCGCUGCUGAAAAUCCAACUGAAAAAAGACUCUCUUUUUUGCCGUUUUAUACUACAUAUAUAUCUGUAAAUUCCUGUUGUGGUGUGCCUUUGCGACUAUUUUGUCAGAUUUAUAUAAUACCAUUUAUAUAUUGUAUAUCGUGUCUGUUUAAUCGGUAUAUUUUGAUAUCUGUAAACUAUACAAAAUACGCGUAGCAUGAGACAGCGAAUUUGUGGCAACAAUAAAACAAUAAAACGUCGCCAAGAGCAGCAGCAGGAAAUUGUUGAAAACUGUUGUCUAAAUAAACGUUGUAAAUAUGAUAAUAUUUGGCAACAUUUUAAGCGAAAUGCAACCCUUGAGGAAAUUCGCCAUGCGGCAGCACGCAUCUGUCGGGACUAUCUAACCGGUCGCUGGAAGGUCGUAACCCCAGAAUCUUUGGUGGUGAAACGCAUCAGUGGCGGUCUUUCAAACUUUUUGUAUUACGUAAGUCUGCCCGAUUCGGAUGCGGAUGAGAAUGAGAACGAAGAGCAGGGACUAUUGGAGCAGCAGGCGAAUGGCCAUGUUGCCAAAGACAACGUCAUAGUUGCCGAUGCCGGCGCCACAAACAUUGUGUCCAAAAAUAGCCCAGACUUUGCACGCAAUGGGGUGGAGGUGGAGGUGGAGUCCGAGACCGCGGGUGGGGCGGCAGACGAUGACGACGCAGCCACGAGCGCCAAGCAGGCGCACAAACGUCAGCGUUUCGAUAGCGAUAGCGGCGAUUCGAGUUCAUUGAAACGAUUGCAUGCCCCCAAGCAGGAACCCCGUGAGGUCCUGCUGCGUAUCUAUGGACAAACCCAUGGAGAUCAUGCGCUGGAGAGCAUGAUUACCGAAUCGGUUGUGUUUGCACUGCUCAGUGAGCGUAAUUUUGGACCCAAACUGCAUGGCAUCUUUCCCGGCGGACGCAUCGAGCAAUACUUACCGGCACGUGCCUUGGCCACAGCGGAGUUGGCCGAACAGCGUAUCCUACUGAAAGUGGCAGAGAAAAUGGGUGAAAUCCACAGCCUGAAUAUACCCAUGUCCAAGGAACCCGAUUGGAUCUGGAAUUGCAUGCAGCGUUGGGUGACCAGCUUCGAGAGCAUUGUCAAGGGCAAAAUCCAAUCGAAACCGGAUUCCACAGUGCUCCAGAAGCAAAGGGAACUGAUGCGCACCAUUGACUAUGUGCAGGAGAUAGCAUGGCUGAGAUCGGUGAUCGAGAGCGGGGAAUAUCCCGUGGUCUUCUGCCACAACGAUCUGCAGGAGGGAAAUAUACUGUUGCGUCAGGCGACACCAGAGCGUACGCCUCGAGAAUCCAUCAGUAGCUUGAGAUCCAAUUUUGAUGAGACAUUGGGCGACAGUUUGGAUGGCAACAGCAAUCUGUCGGAGCCAGAAGUCAACAAAUCGCACAGCUCGUCCUCGUCAUGUCCCGAACUGUUGGACACCACCGAUGAUUCAGCCCUGGACACCAGCUUCACCAACGAUAAUGAGCCGGAUCUUAUUAUCAUUGACUUUGAGUAUUGUGCCUAUAACUAUCGUGGCUACGAUCUGGCCAAUCACUUCAUCGAAUGGACCUUUGACUAUACCAAUCCGCACUUCCCAUAUUUUCAUCAUAAUACAAGCAAUUAUGCCACCGCCCAGCAGAGACGCGAUUUCAUUGUGAAUUAUCUAAAGAAAUAUCACGACGAUGAGAACUAUAAUCCCACGGUACAGGAACUGGAGAAUGUGGACUCCGAGAUACAGUUCUUUACGAUGAUGUCGCAUCUGUUCUGGAGCCUGUGGUCGGUGAUUAAUGUGACAUCAGCCAUAGAGUUUGGUUAUUGGGAGUACGGCAUUGCUCGAAUUCUGGAAUAUCAAAAGCUAAAGGCCGCCUUUCUGGCCAAAUGAUUAGCCGUAUGGCAUUCUAAGGGCAACACAGACACACACACACUGAUCAAGGAUCAAAUGCAUCAUAAUCAAUCUUCAAUAUUCACUUGUAUCGAAUCGAAAAACGUACUUAAGUGACCUUAAAGAAUUAGAAGACCCAGUCCCCCGCCCAAGGAAUGAAUUUGAGCAGAGACAUGGACAAUGCCGGCGCUUUUGAAUGGAUUAAAUUGAAUAAAUUAUUUUUGUAUAGAACAAUUAGCGACUUAGAAUCGAUUAAUGCUGAGAGGAGAAAAACGAGUCAGAAGAUACCAAUUAAAGCUGUGAUUAUUGCAUGAGACAGAUGACGGA